UACCCUCUUCCUUCCCUGGCAGACUACAAAUAGGGGUAUGCUGCUUCUAGGUGCCUACAGUUGAAACACCAGCACCAGUGUGAGGAUGGCUAGGCCUCUGGAGCAGGCGGUGGCUGCCGUCGUGUGCACCUUCCGAGAGUAUGCGGGGCGCUGUGGGGACAAGCACAAGCUCUGUCAGGCAGAGCUCAAGGAGCUGCUACAGAAGGAGCUGCCCACCUGGACCCCGACGGAGUUCCGGGAGUGUGACUACAAUAAAUUCAUGAGCGUUCUGGACACCAACAAGGAUUGCGAGGUGGACUUUGCUGAGUACGUGCGCUCCCUUGCCUGCCUCUGCACCUACUGCCACGACUACUUCAAGGACUGCCCCCCGGAGCCUCCCUGCUCCCAGUAGCCUCUGCUCCAGCAGGUGGGGCACCUGCAAGCCGGGGCCUGCUCGGAUCCGCUCCGUCCCUGGCCUGAGGUGGUCCUGAUCAUGUCACCCACAUCCCCCUCCCCUCUCCUGCACCCUCUCCACCAGGAGUCUCCCAGUUUUGCCCCUGAUAUCUCCAUCUGGAGCCUUCUCCCUUUGCCCUUGGUGGGGGACCCAUGAGGGACCCGUUUCCAGGAUCACAGCUAGUGACGUGUACAGCAGCCACGCUCUGCGUCCCUACAGCGGCCUGAGAGGGGUGGGCAGGGGUGGGGAUUUGUUUCGAGGCUCUCCGGGCCUGACAGGGUGUGCGCACACAUGAAACCACGACAGGAACAGGCCGACUUAACUCCUAAUAAAGAACUGGUGUCACUUGG